AUGGAUUAUCUCAAGCUCAGCGAAGAUGAGGCCUACACCCUCGCACCCCUGCCGGCCGCCAUUCGACACGGCCUGCAUGCUGUUGCAACUCUAGCUUUCCUGAGCUUCGUUUUCGUCUUCGCCCUUUUGGUGUACCUCAGCUGGGGAUUCGUCAAGUGGCAUAUCAGGCAACCCUCGCAAGAGGCUUCAAGCCUACCAGCUUCAAAUCUCCAGGUUGAUGAGGACAACUUGCACGAGAUGCUGGCGAUGUCGCGGAAUUUUACUGUUUCGGCGGAAUCACAGCCCACUGAAGCCGAUAAUGGGAUGCCAUCACGACCGCAAACUGGCUUCUGGAAUCGAAUCAGAGCCAACCCCCCGAAUCAGUUUCUCGUUCUCAUCUACAACCUUCUUUUUGCAGAUCUCAUGCAGGCCACGGCCUACUUCAUGCGUGCUCGAUGGCUAGCAUUGGAUGGAAUUUACGACAGACACCUAGCCUGGUUCCUGUCAACUGGGAAUCUCGCUUCAAGCGUCUUUGUGACGGCAAUUGCGGCUCACAGCUACCUUAGUAUCGUCAGGAAUUUCCGACCGCCCUCUCGCAUCUUCUACCCAGUUCUCGCGGCACUCUGGUCGUCUGUAUACGGAAUGGCUCUCUUGGGCAUUGCGAUAUCUGGUGGUUCGUCAGAUUUCUAUGGCCGGGCGGGCGAAUGGUGCUGGAUCACCUCCAAUUAUCAAGAGCUUCGUUUGUACCUCCAUUACCUAUGGAUCUUUAUCUGUCUUGUGGCCACAAGCGUGGUAUAUCUCGCCAUCGUUAUUCAUCUCUUGACUCACCGCAAGCCCAUCGCUUCAAGCUGCCAACAAACAUCGCCCGGUACCCAGUAUGCCACACAAGAGCAUAAGCUUCGCGAGAUAAGCAGCUUUCUGGCAUACCCGUUAACCUACAUUCUCUGUACCGUGCCAAUCGCUACAGCCAGAAUCGGAUCCAUGGUCAAACAUGAGUCCCCGGUCCUCUUCUACAGCGUGGCAGGCUCUUUGCUGGCUUCAGCAGGAUUACUAGACGUCCUCCUGUACUCUCUCACUCGGAAAACCAUUGUCUUCUCUGGUCAGAAACCACCCACUCAAGACACAGGGCUGGAAACAUUUGGAUUCAUGGCAAGCUCUCUUCGCACACCACAUGGAAGAGCUUUCGGAAAUAUGGUGUUUAUCGAGGGUGAAACCCAAACCCACAGCGGCUCGGGCAUCAGGCGACUCUGGGGAUGGGUUUGUAAUUUGUGGAGGACAGUGUUUCCAAAGCGUUCCGAAAGAGCUUGGAGGGACAGGCUUGCGAGCGUGGAAGUUCCUUUUGGGCCGAGGACUGAACGCGGGCAGGCGGAUUGGGACAGCUCGUGGAUGAGCUUGGGUGUGGACGCCUCCGAGGUCGCGUGGAAGCGCCCCCGCGCGCUGAAACCAAUGAUCGGAUGUGAGACGACAACGUGCGUCCACACGCAAUAUCAAGGGUGA